AUGGAAAAGCUGAUCCCAGUUGCUUUGCUCCUAGUCACUGUGUUUGGCAGUGGAGUGGUCAGUCUCACUGAAAAAUCUGCCAUACCAAAUGAAAACAAUCCAGAUAUACAAUUACCUAUCCUCAGACUUUCAGCUGCAAAUUUAGAUUUUGCCUUACGUCUCUACAGACAGAUUGCUUCACAGUCACGCUCAGCUGCCAAGAAUAUUUUCUUCUCUCCAGUUAGUGUCUCUGCAGCACUUAGCAUGCUGUCCUUGGGUGCAAGAGAUAACACAGUCAACCAGCUUCUACGUGUUCUUGGGUACAGCGAUAUGUCCCGAAAUGAUGCAGCAGAAGUGCAUGAAGCAUACAAAUACCUCCUGCAAAAGCUAACCAGAGAAAAUAGUGAACUGAAUUUAACAAUGGGCAAUUCUUUGCACAUCCAGCAGGAAUUUGUUGUUAAACAGAAAUUCCUUGAGGAUGCAAAGCAGUUUUAUAAGGCAGAGGUAAUGGAUGUUAAUUUCAAAGAACCAGAGAAUGCAAAAGAACAGAUCAAUGCAUACAUAAACAAGAAAACAUCUGGUGAAAUUCAAGAUUUUGUUAAAAGCCUUGAUCGAUCAACUGUGAUGCUGCUUCUCAAUUAUGUCUUGUUCAAAGGUAGUUGGAUGAAACCUUUUGAUCCCACAGCAACAUAUGAAGCCGACUUCCACGUAGAUAACACAACAACAGUGCGAGUUCAAAUGAUGAAGAGGCUGGGGAUGUAUUACUCUGGUUAUGAUCAGCAAAUUUCCAGUUAUGUGGUUAGCAUUCCAUAUCAUGGAAAUGCAUCCUUGGUGCUGAUUCUACCAGCCCCAGGAAAAUUGGCAGAAGUCGAACAAAAUCUGAACAUUAGCCAUUUUCAAAACUUUUUUUUCUCGUUACCGUUUAGGUCUGCAACUCUGCACCUUCCAAAGUUAUUGUUGAAGGAAUCCUACCAGCUCAAAGAACUGCUGAUGUCUAUGGGUAUUGUGGAUGUAUUCACAGAUAAUUCAAACCUUUCUGGAAUCUCUGAAACUACCCUUCUAAAAGUAUCUGAGGUGACCCAUGAGGCAGUGCUGGAUAUCGAUGAAACAGGAACAAAAGCUACAGCUGUUACAGGAGUUGAAAUAAUACCAUUCUCUGUUCCUUCCGAGUAUGUAUUUAACAGGCCUUUCUUCCUAUUAAUUGCUGACCACAAUGUUAAGUCUGUCCUGUUUGCAGGAAGGAAUGUUGCUCUGCAGGUAAUUCUGAGAUCAUCAAGACAAGAAAAAAUGAAAGCAGAAAUUUUUAUCCUUCUGAUAAGUGGUGAAUUAAUGAUCACUAUGACGGCACAGCAGCACCAUUGCAGCCAGCUACAGCAGCCUCGAAAUUUUAGUUCAGAUUCAGAACAUAAUGCGGAAGCCAUACGUGCACCAGAACCAGUCCCCGAUAUGCAAGCAAUCUACACAUUGACAGAAAAAAACAGGGAAUUUGGUUUUAAUCUCUACAGGAAAAUAGCAAACCUACAUGAAGACAACGUGUUCUUUUCACCUAUUACCAUCUCCACAAUGUUUGCCAUGAUGUCCCUUGGUGCUAAACAAGUUACAUCUGAUGACAUACUCCAAGUCUUGAACGUAAAAGAUUUGAUCAAAAUGAACAACCCAUACCUGUUGCACACAUUGUUUCAGUGGCUUCACUGCAAUGUUAGCAGCAACAAGGAUCUCCUUAUCUCAGGGGGAAUUGCUUUGUUUGUACAAGAUGACAUUCAUUUGAAACCAACAUACAUCAAUGAUGCUUCUUAUUUUUAUAAUGCUGAUAUAAUUCCUGUAGAUUUUCAAGAUGCAGCCAAUGCCACAGAUAUCAUUAAUCAAUAUAUCGACAAUAGAACAAAUGGAAAAAUCAACAAGUUGCUUGAUUCUGUGGAUAGCAAAACCAAACUUCUGUUUACUAAUUACAUCUUAUUCAAAGGGAAGUGGAUGGCUCCCUUUGAUCCAAAUGGUACCAAGGAUGGAAUAUUCUAUAUAAAUGCAUAUACUAGAAUCAAAGUACCAAUGAUGUUCAAAGAGGACACUUUUUUCUUAACACAUGACAAGACACAUUCUUGUAUAAUACUGAAGAUUCCAUACCAAGGAAAUGCAAGUAUGUUGGUGGUGAUACCAAAAAAUGGAGAAUAUCUACAUGUGGAAGAUGAGCUAACAACAGAAUUAUUAGCCAAGUGGAUCAAUGCAUUGAAACCUAAGAAAAUUGAAUUAUAUUUUCCAAAAUUUAAAUUGAACAAGUUGUAUGACAUGGAAAGGAAGCUGAGACAAUUGGGAAUUAUAACACCCUUCACAAACACUGCCAAUUUUUCUGGAAUCUCUUCAUCUUACCAUCUGAAGAUUUCUAAGGUUAUUCACAAAGCAACGAUUGAUGUGAAUGAGAGGGGAACUGAAGCAGCAGCAGUAACCAGUGUUUCAGCAGUGCCUUAUUCACUUCCAACUGUCAUAAAAGUGGACCACCCUUUUGUUUUCUUGAUAUAUGAAGAAAUAACAAACAUGCUACUGUUUAUGGGACGGGUGAAAGAUCCCACCAAGAGUUAA